AAAAAACCAAAGACACAACUGAACGGAGUUCGAGUUCGAGUUCGAGUUCGAGUGCUCUUGCCCUUUUGUUUAUCUUAAAACGAAAGCAAACUCGAACGAGAGAUACGAAUCUCCGUCCGUUUACAAAGGCAGCUAUCUGCUGGUCCCAAAUCCCUAAAUCUAAUCCAACAUAUCUAGAUAGUAACGGCUGCAUCGGAUUCUUGCUAAGCCACCCAACCCUCUCUCAAUCUUCUUCUUCUGCCUAAUUAAUUUUCUUCGUAUACUUCGAACCCCAAAAAACAAUGGCAAUCUCACUUAAUACAAAUCUUCAUCAGCCUUCUCUCAGUUGUGGGACUAAGCUUUACUCUGGGUUGAAGCUUCAAUCUCCAUGUUUGUUUGCAACUGGGAGACCGAACUUGAGUGCAGACUUCUAUAGCAGAGUUAAUAAAAGCCUCCAAUGCGGAACACGAAAUUGUAAACCAACAAGGUCACGAGUAGGUAUGAUGCCUAUAGGAACUCCACGAGUUCCCUAUAGAGUCCCUGGUGAAGGAACUUGGCAAUGGGUUGAUUUAUGGAAUGCCCUAUACCGAGAGCGCGUUAUCUUCAUCGGACAACAUAUAGAUGAGGAAUUUAGCAACCAAAUAUUGGCAACAAUGUUAUACCUUGACAGUAUUGAUGACAAUAAAAGGCUUUAUUUUUACAUUAAUGGUCCUGGUGGAGAUCUUACUCCAAGCUUGGCCAUCUAUGACACCAUGCAGAGCUUGAAGAGUCCUGUUGGCACCCACUGUGUAGGCUAUGCCUACAAUCUAGCAGGCUUCCUUCUUGCAGCUGGAGAAAAAGGUAAUCGCUUUGCAAUGCCUCUUUCAAGAAUUGCUCUGCAGUCUCCAGCUGGUGCAGCUCGUGGUCAGGCUGAUGAUAUCCGUAAUGAAGCAAAUGAGCUUCUUAGAAUCAGAGAUUACCUUUUCAGUGAGCUAGCUAAGAAUACAGGCCAGCCUGUUGAGAAGAUUAACAAGGACUUAAGUAGGAUGAAACGCUUCAAUGCUCAAGAAGCUCUUGAAUAUGGGCUCAUUGAUCGUGUUGUGAGACCUCCCCGUAUCAAGGCAGAUGCACCUCGUAAGGAUGCAGGAACAGGCCUUGGUUAGUUUCUUUAUUAUUUCCCCAUCAAAAUGGGCUGAUAGCUGUAACACAUUUUUGUAAGUUUCUUAAGUUUAUAUGCACACUUUUACGAUAAGGCAUUCAAUUUACAGUUUUUUCAUAAAAAGUCUUGUAUGUGAAUGCUUUGAAGUUAAAGUUCCUGAUGAAGUUUUCUGAAA